AAUAUAUAUAUUAAGCCCACCUCCUCACCUAAGACAAUAGUUAAAAGUACACAACACAGAGGAGAGGAAGGAAACAGAGAUGGCAAUGGCUAUCCACAAUGCCAUCUUUGCCCUGCUCGCAUCAUCCUUUCUUGUUGCCUUCUCUAGUGCACAUGAUUUUGUGAGAUUUGGAUAUAAUGAUGGAUCCACCGGCCCGAAGAACUGGGGAAGCUUGAGCCCCGAGUUCUCGCUAUGCACCAAGGGAAGCAACCAGUCUCCGAUCAACAUCGUGAAGGAUGAUGCGGUUUACAACGCAAAGUUAGGAUCUCUGCUCAGGGAUUACGUCGCCACAAAUGCCACUCUCAUUAAUAACGGCUUCAACGUCGGGGUUUGUUCCUCAAAUUCGAUCUUCUUCUGCGGAGCGCAGUUAAAGGACAAAUUGGCCGAGUUGGCUCAAGUCUCCUGCUCGGAAGAUGAAGAGGCCCAAGUUUCGGUCGGCGGACCACGGACAAAGAGUUUCAAGCGCCGCUCCCGCAAGUACUUCAGAUAUAUUGGGUCCCUCACCACGCCUCCUUGCACUGAAAAUGUCAUCUGGAACGUCCUUGGCAAGGUGAGAGAAUUGACCAAGGAGCAAGCAAAUUUAAUUACAGCUCCCUUGCCCGCGGAGUACAAGAACAACUCGAGGCCGACACAGCCGCUGAACGGAAGGACAGUGGAGUUCUUCGACGAGGCCCGGUACUACGGUAGCAAGUCACAUUAGUCCUGUAAAGCAGCGUCGUAAUUUGAGGCAUAAUGUGAGUGAUCAUCUGAUCACCAUCAUGGGUUUGAGAUUUGUGAGUGUUGUGUGGUGUAAUCUUUCACUUGCUAUGAAUUGGUGUUUCCUGAUUUCAAGGAUUUUUUGGUGUGAA